AUGCCAUCUAAGGUUGAAAUUGUGGGAGAAAAAGAAGCAGAUGAGAUUGAGGUUACUGGAGAGUCGAAUAAUACUACAGAGAAGGAAUCAGAGGUGACCCAAAAAGUAGUUCCCAUGCAUAGACCUCCACCUCCAUUCCCACAGAGAUUGGCAAAAUUUAUGAAAGACUUGGUGACCAAAAAGAGGGCCGACAGUUUUGAGAAUGAUGAGAGGUUGCAACACUGCAGUGCUAAUGCUACUUGGUCACUUGUCCAAAAAGAAACGGAUCCUGGAGCUUUCUCUAUUCCUUGUACCACCAGGAUUUUGCACUUUUCAAAAGUUUUGUGUGAUUUCCGUGCUAGCAUCAACUUGAUGUCGUUGUCCAUAUAUAAAAAGUUGGGUUUAGGGGCUCCAAAGCAGACUGCGAUGCGUCUAGUCAGGGGCAAUAGAAGUGUGAAGAAUCCCAUUGGUGUUCUCCAAGAUGUCCUUGUGAAAAUUGGAGUUGUUCAUUUUUUUGGUGGAUUUGGUGAUACUUGA